AUGGGAAGCGAGGGGGCGCUGACGGACAGCAGGAGCAGCCAAUGGAAAGGCGAGGCCCCGCCUCUGGGGCGGAACGCGCUCUCUGAGUGGCGGGGGCAGCGCGCAGACCCGGAAGUGGGGGCGCCGGGCGGGCGGGCGGUGAGUGGGGGGCGCCUCGUUGGGGGGGGGGUCCCACCCCAACAUCCCCUUUGCCUCCCCCUCUUCCUCCUGCAAGUUUUCCCUUUUUUUACUGGAAUAUCCCUGGAUUUUGGCCUGCAGGGCCUCUCCGCGGUCCUGCCGCGCCUCGCCCGCUUCCCGGAGCUCCGGAGCCUCCGGCUGCCCUACAGCAACGUGGAUGUGCGGCGGGAGGCGGCCGGGAAUUCGUGCUUGGCCACGGAGCUGGGAAAGCUGCGGGGCCUCCGGGAGCUCAACCUGGGAUCCUCCAGGCUCUCCGGGAGUUUGGGAGACGUCCUCUGCGAACUCCAGACCCCUCUGGAAAGCCUGGAAUUGGCCUUCUGCUCCCUCCUGCCUUCCGACCUCUCCUUCCUGUGCCGGAACCCCCACGCGCCGGCCCUGAAGAGGCUCGACCUGAGCGGCCACGACUUCUCCCGGGGCCUCCUGCGGCCCCUCCAGCAGCUCCUGGAGGAGGCCUCGCCCUCCCUGCUCCACCUGGACCUCAUGGAAUGCCGUCUGGGAGACUCCCAGCUGGAAUCCCUGCUGGCCUCGCUGCGCCGCUGCUCCCGCCUGCGCUCGCUGGGGCUCUUCGGGAAUUCCGUGUCCAGGGCCGGGCUGGGCGCUCUGGUGCGGGAGACGGCGGCGCUGCCGGAGCUGAGCCUGGUGGUGUAUCCCAUCCCCACGGAUUGCUACGGGCAAGGGAUGGAUCCCAGCCAGGCCUCAGAGGAGCAUCUGGACAGGGAAUGUUUGGGAGCACUGGGCACGGAGCUGGAGCGGCUCCUGGAGAGCUCCGGGAGAGCCGGAGCCGUCUGGACCUGCGACCCCUACGGACACGCGGGGCUGGAUUUCUUCUCCCUGUAGCUGGGGGAGCGCUCGGACCCCUAGGGAGGAGCUCAGGGCAUCAGGACCUCCUUCUUCCAAGGAUUUGGGGGUGUCCCGCCUCGGCUGGGCGGGGUUUGCCUCCUCCCGGUGUUUUCCAA